AUGGCAGAUAAUAAAUAUAAAUACAGAAUAGAAAUUCAACAGAUGAUGUUUGUACUGGGAGAAUCAAAUGAUCCUCCUGUUGAAACUACAUCUAUAAUUGAAGAUAUUGUACGAGCUCAAGUUAUUGAAAUAUUAUUACAAGCUACUAGAACUGCAUCUACAAGAGGUACGAAAUCUAUUGCCCCUGAAGAUGUCAUCUUCUUAAUCAGACAUGAUAAAGCUAAAGUCAAUCGUUUAAGAACUUACCUUUCUUGGAAGGAUGUUCGUAAAAAUGCUAAAGAUCAAGAAAGUGGAGGUACAGAAUCAUUAAUUGAAACCGAUGCUGCUGGUGGGCCAGCUGCUGGAGCAGCUCAAGCAACUGAUUCUUCUAAAAUGUUAUCUCGUUAUAAAAAAUCAAAGAUACGAUUACCUUGGGAAUUACAAUUUAUGUUUAGUGAACAACAUUUAGAAACAGCUGAAGAAUCAGAACAAGUUGAUGAUGAAGAAAAAGCCGCUACGAUUGCUUCUUUAAAGAGAUUAAAAAUGGCCGAUGAUAGAACUAGAAAUAUGACUCGAGAAGAAUAUGUUCAUUGGUCAGAAUGUAGACAAGCAUCAUUUACAUUUAGAAAAGCAAAAAGAUUUAGAGAAUGGUCCCAAAUGACUCAAUUAUGUGAUUCAAGACCAAAUGAUGAUGUAAUAGAUAUUCUUGGAUUUAUGACAUUUGAAAUCGUAUGUUCAUUAACUGAAGAAGCUAUGCAAAUUAAAAAUCUGGAAGAAAAAUUAAUUCAAAUUAAAUCAGAAAAGGAAAAGACUCUAAAUCCAGGUCAACAAAAUCAAAAGAAACGGAAAUAUUUAUUCGAUAAACCAGAUGAAUUGGCUAAUCCUUUAAUGCCAUAUCAUGUUGAAGAAGCAUGGAGAAGAUUACAAGCGAUUGAUUUUAAACAUAAAGCUGGUAGAUCAUUUGGUGGUGGUAUGUUAAGAAGUAAAACUAGAUUAAUUUAG